AUGGCGCGCGGCCAGCAAAACUACGCCACGUAUCGCUCCGAGUUUGGAGGCACGGAGCCGCCGCACCUGCCCUACAUCGGGGUGCACCUCUCCGAUCUCGUUGCCCUCGACCAGCUUCCCACCUGGAUAGACCCCUCUGGCUCGGCCGACCCGAAGCGACAGCACGUCAACUUCAAAAAGAUGCGCAAACUCGAACAGGACCUCGUGGUCCUCACCCCGCAGCAGCUGACCGAACUCUCGCGCGCCUGCGAACCCUCCAAGGCCUCCUGA